AUGUCCUCACUAAUAACUGCUGUAUUUAAAGCCACUAUCGGCCUGUUGGUGAAUAAAGGAAGAGACAAACUGGCAGAAAAGUUGAAUGAGGGUGAUGUUACAGAUCAGAAAUUCCAUGGCCUGAUCGUCCGUGAAAUAGAUGAAAUAAAAUCGAAGUUGGAUGGUUUAGCAAGAAAGGAUUUGUUAGCGAGUAUCAGCCUUUUUAGGGAAGGGAUCGAGUUGUUGUAUGAGGUGUUUGAAAGUACCAGGUCCAGUAGCGAGCAUCGCACGAUAACAGCAGCUGCAACAGUUGGUGCUGAGCAAUUCGAUAUUGCUAAAGAAAUAAGGAAUUUGGAACUUUCUUCCUUGGAUGAGUCCGCUACGAGGAAACUUGGGAGUGCGAAGAAGAGAUUUGCAGAAGCUCGUCUUGAAGCAAUAAAAGCUUAUAGUAAUGAAGCUUUGAAAUUGCCUGAUCGUCUGUUAGCUAUGCAAUAUCGACUGAUGGCGACAAUACUGGAGACAGUUGACAAUCCUACCGACGCAUUAGCGGCUUGUACAGUCUGCCUUGACGAGUUACACAAAGUGCCAGCUGUUAAAGAAUAUUUCAAAGUUGAGUUGGAGGAAGGAUUGAGGGCUCUUUUUAACAAAGACGAAAGAAGGCAAAUAAUUUUUUCUGUCUGUCACGCUAAUCGUGUGAUCUAUGAUGUAAUGAACAUGCUCGGUAGUGUAAAAAGAUGGACGUUGCCUUAUGUUGAAACUGGCAAAGAGAAAGUGGAUCCGCUCCGCGACGAAAGAGUUGUUAAAGCGCUGAAAAAACAAGGUAAUGAACACUGCUGUUUACUAUGGUCAUUUGGUCAGGAGGGUGAAGAGAAGCACAAGCUAAAGGAUCCGCGUGGUAUCGCUACAAACACCAAAGGACAGUUCCUGAUAGCAGACGAUGGAGAUGAAACCGUGAAGGUGUUUGAUAGCAACGGAAAGUUUGAUUUUAGGUUUNAAAAAGAUGGACGUUGCCUUAUGUUGAAACUGGCAAAGAGAAAGUGGAUCCGCUCCGCGACGAAAGAGUUGUUAAAGCGCUGAAAAAACAAGGUAAUGAACACUGCUGUUUACUAUGGUCAUUUGGUCAGGAGGGUGAAGAGAAGCACAAGCUAAAGGAUCCGCGUGGUAUCGCUACAAACACCAAAGGACAGUUCCUGAUAGCAGACGAUGGAGAUGAAACCGUGAAGGUGUUUGAUAGCAACGGAAAGUUUGAUUUUAGGUUUUAUCCUCAAACUGAUGGCUUCUAUAUAAUAUUGUUAGAAAUUUGCGAUGUCGCCACUGCAGGCGAGGACGACAAGAUCUAUCUACUUGUCAACCUGGUCAAGUGUAAGACUGAGCAAUGGGAGAUAGAUCAUGAAGUCCAUGAAGUGCAAGUCAAUGUCAGUGAAGUGGAAGUGCAGGUUUUUAACAAGACCGCUGACCUACAGCACAAGUUUCCUGUGAGGAGCGGAAUCUGGGGCGGCAGUCUAACAGUGAGCAGCGGCAAACACGGCAAAAUUCUGCUGUUGGCAGAUAACGUUGUUGAUGUUCACGAGCCGAGUGGCGAGCUUGUUUGUAGCUUUGGUGAGGGAGUGUUCAAGAGGGCAAGAGAUAUCACUGCUACUUGUGAUGGUCGCGUCAUGAUAGUGGACCCAGACGAUGACAGUUUGUAUUUAUUUGAUGUGGAGGGCCACCAGCUUGGCAAAUUUAAUAUCAAAUAUGAGACAGAUGUCUAUCAUCGCAUUGCAUGUCACCCGGCAAGUCAUGUCGUCCUCGCUGGUAAGGAACGAGAGAAAGACCGCCUGACGCUGGCUAUAUACACUGUUAAUGGCGAAUUUGUUCGCAGAAUUCAGCGGGAUGAAGAAGUAGAGUUUGUACCUUAUUCACUUGUUGUACGUGGAAUGACAGUGACCGUGGAGGGUCACAUUGCUGUGGCUUUUAAGGGCAAAGAUGGCAAAGAAAAGGUAAUAGUACUUGGUUAA